CCUAAUUUAGGUAACGAUGAUGUCAUUGUUCCGGGUACUUGGAAAAUAAGUUUCGACAUUGAUCUCGAGUCAAAAGCUGACACGAAGAGAACAUUGGUCUCUAACAUAGGGAGGGCAAUUGUUAAAAAGCUAGCUAUCAAGUUCGAGGGUACCGAGAUUCUGAGCAUUGAUGACUUUGACCUUUUCGGGUGCUACAGAGAUUUAUGGUUAACCAAGUCUGAAAAAAAAAAUGCAAUAAGACAAGGUAUCAUCUUUGAUGAAGGGUGUACAGAAAACUGUAUGAGUUGGAGCCGCGGAUAAAGACGUAUCGGAGGUAGCGGACAAAGCCAUUUAUGAUGCAUACAAAAAUAAGUUUAUCAUUCCUCUCGAUUUCGAAAUGUUGGAUAGCACGAUCCCAUAUUAUCAGGCUGGAUUAGGUAAUAGGCUGUGUUAUGAGAUAACAUUCAACAAUUAUGACAGGGUAGUAUUAUCAACACCUACCAAACCUUCGGGUUCCGCCACGGCACCGGCGCCGGAUGCUAAAUACAAAAUCUCCAACAUAUCUCUAGAAUAUGAGAUUGUGACACAACCCACACUCGCCAGAUUCAUCUCAAAUGAAUACCAAAACAUGGCCGUACUUUAUGACAGAUUUCUGAGACAUAGACAAAUUAGGGUGGAUAAGUCGGACACAACAUGGAAUUGGUCGUUCAAUACACCGUGCAAGUCUCUGAAGGGUAUAUUGGUUCUGUUUGAGGAAGAGAAAGCUUACAAACGAGAUACAGGAAGGUUCUACAAUCCUAAGAUCAAAAAGGUAUCCGCUAUAGUUGAGGGUAAGCCUAACUAACUUUUCGCUCAGGGGAUGCAACCAUUUGAGCAUUAUGGUGAAAUUUGCAAGUAUUUUGCGGAGGGCAAGCAAAGGGAUGGCAACGCCGGUGAAAUACAAAAACAUCUGAAACUACAUGAUGUGAAGGUCGCGGACUACCUAACCACGAAAUAUGCUCUAUGGCUGGAUUUCAGAACCAUAGAUGAAAACUCACUACACGGGACCGGCCGCCGGAUUGAAAAUGCGAGCGAGGGCAUCACACUGCAAGUUGAAAAGACGGUCGAAGCAGCGGGAUCCUUAAACGCUUACAUAUAUCUAAUAAUGGAUGCUCAAUUAAAUAUACAAAACGGUGAAAUUAUGGAUGUACUAUAUUAAGAUGGACUACAUGAAAGAUCCCCACACGGCACUAUUCGUCGGUCCAACCGGCUGCGGAAAAUCCAAACGCGUAGUAACGCUACUAGAGAGUGAAUACUUUGAUCACUUCGAUUUCAUUGUGAUUAUAUGUCCAACAUUAAGAUGGAAUAAGACAUAUAUGUGUCGAAAAUGGUUCUGGAGGGAUAGAUAUGUUAUUCUAAUUGAGCCCAUGGGCUUGUUGUAUGAAUGGAUCCAAAAGAUGACGGAUUUAUUCGCAGGAUACAAAACAUUAUUCCUGAUCGACGAUAUCAUCGCGGAUGAGAAACUGGACAAAAAGAGGCAACCAUUGCUGGAGCUGGCCAUCAGCGGUCGGCAUCGAAACCACACCAUGUGGCUGCUCACACAAUCAUACACCGCGAUACCGAAGAACUUACGAAGGCAGGCAAAAAUGUUAUAUGUGUGGUAUCCAAAGGACAGACAUGAUCUCGCAACUAUACACGAGGAGAAUGAUGUCAUUGAAUCAUCGGAGAUCCAGAAGGUUAAGGAAAGGCUAAAAGAUGGCAAAUAUACACAUUUAGUCAUGAGGAUGGAACAUCCAAGAACCCACGUGAUUUGCUAGAUUGGGAGUUUUUUGUUACAAGAGUCUUGUAACAAAUCUAUAGGAAAACUACAGUACUAUCCUAUAAUGAUAGAAUAUAUAAAUUUCAUAUUACUGCAAUAGCACUACAGCUAUCACCAGUAAUAUGAAAUUUAUAUAUUCUAUUAU